CUCUUUGGGGGCUGAUUGCCUACGGUGUGUAUGCUCUGUGUGAGUGUGUGUGUGCGUGUGUGUUUGACUGUGUGUGUACAUUAACACCACUCUGCAGCACAUGGCAAGGUGAGCCAUGGAGUCGAAGAGGUCCUCCCCUCACAUGGGAUAAGGGGGUUCUCCUCCCCUCUGCAAAUAGAGCGUUGGACCUCGACACAAAAUGGUUACCAUGGUUUCCAAAUUCGUCUAUUAUCUUCAUCUAAGUCGCAGGACAGGCCACUACAGUGUCCAGAACCGGGCCAAAAAUGUCCCGGGAAAGCCCCCGUACCACCGCUGUAACUCCCAGGACUCGCUGGACGAGCUGGCCAUGGACGACUACUGGACCGAGGUGAAGAACAUCACCCUUAGUGGAGAGGGAGAGGGGGACGCAGAGCCACAGGAGGAGGUGCAGCUUAAGGUGCCUGAUGAGGGGGAACAGGAGGAGGCAUGGCUGAUGGAGGCAGGGCUGGCCACUCUGUUUGACGAGUCUGCAUCGGACCCCGAGGAAAUGAUGGGGCUGUUGUCCACGCUGACGCGCACCCAGGCCGCCACCGUGGAGAAACGUGUUGAGAAGCUACAGCAGACCCUCAGGAAGAGGAACAAGCAGCACCAAGUACCUGACGUCAGAGACAUCUUCAAACUCCCAGGCACGCCGGAGUCAAAGGAUGAAGCAAAGUCACCAGAGAGAAGUGAAAAUAGAAUAAAGGAUAUUACGACAGAUGGUCAAGCGACGGGGCUGGGGAACGGGGCAGGCCCUGCUGAGCAGCGUGUGUCUGAACCUGAGACAGACAUCAACCUAGAGGUGUCCUUCUCUGAUCAGGCCCUCAGCUAUAAGGAGGACUCAAAGGGCAGUGGCGAGGCGCUGACAGACGCAGAUGACAAGCUACCUAACUUCAAGUUAAGGAGAGACAAGACAGGGCUGACCAAGGCUGGGGACCUGUCCCCUCAGGACAUGAAGAAGGUGCACCGCCUGGUGCUGAUAGAGAUGACCGCUCUGUUUGACACGGCAGGCAUCGACCUCAAGGCCCACAAAGCAGUCAAACUCAAGGUCAAAGAGUCUGGCCUGUUUGGAGUUCCCCUGGCCACCCUGUUGGAGCAGGACCAGAGGAGACAGCCAGGGACCAAGGUGCCAAUCAUACUGCAGAGGCUCAUCUCUCACAUAGAGGAGGAGGGUCUGGACACAGAGGGGCUUCUACGGAUACCCGGAGCAGCCACAAGAGUCAAGGCAGUGUGUGUGGAGCUGGAGGGGAAGUUCUACGAGGGUCUGUUCCCAUGGGAGAGUCUGAAGCAGCACGAUGCAGCCAGCCUGCUCAAGCUCUUCAUCAGGGAGCUGCCUCACCCACUGCUCACUGUGGAGUACCUCAGCGCAUUCAUCGCAGUGCUUAAACUGCCCACUAAGAAGCAGCAGCUGCAGGCUCUCAACUUGCUGGUCCUGCUGCUUCCAGAGUCCAGCCGUGAUACACUAAAGGCGCUGAUGGAGUUCUUUCAGAGGGUCAUAGACCACAAAGAGCAGAACAAGAUGACCUUGAACAACGUUGCCGUGGUGAUGGCUCCAAACAUCUUCAUGUUUAAAGGCUUCCGCAACAAGAUCAGUGAGCAACAGGAAUUUUCCCUGGCCACAGAGACCGCCAACAUCGUCCGACUACUCAUCAGAUACCAAAACCUGCUCUGGACGAUUCCUAAAUUCAUAAUGAAUCAAGUCAGAAAACAAAACACGGAGAACCAGAAGAAAAUGAGUAAAGACCGCGCCAUGAUGAAACUCCUAAAGAAGAUGGCCUAUGAGCGAGAGAAACCAGAGAAACAGGAGAAACCCCUCUCCGAGGUGGACAGUAGUUCUCAGGGCUUCAUCAGGGUCCAGGCCCCUCAGUUCUCUAAGGUCUCCAUGGCUGUCCAGCUGACUGAAGAGUUGCAGGCAUCUGAUGUCCUCAGCCGCUUCCUCAGCCAGGACAGCUCUGUGUCUGUGAAGAGAGAAGAUCUGUGCCUUUAUGAAAUAGGAGGGAAUAUCCAGGAGCGCUGCCUGGAUGAGGAGACCUAUAUGAAAGACCUGUUGGAGCUCAACCCCAGUGCAGAGUGGUUCAUCAAGUGCAUCCAGAGAUAGGAUAUCUGAAUGCUCACACCCUGCCAGCAAUGUCUUAAAGGAGAACGGACGGGGGUACCGCAAGAGAAAAGGGAAACUUCAGCUAAUGUAUAUCCACUUCACCAUGACAUGCUAAUGACCACUGGACCCAAGACAGGUAUUACAGUGUUAAUGUUGUUGUCCUUUGUAGGGCUGUAGUUUAGAGUAGAGUUUAUGCAGAUGAGGGCUCUUCCUCUGAAAUGGAUGCCCUGUGAUGUGUUAGGUCCACAUGUGUAUAGGGUACUAACUGAUUGACAUGUAUGCUACUGGAAGUCCAACUGUCAACGCAUGAGGAGUUGGACAAUUGUGACUGAGGAGAGCCACUGAACAAUAAUCUGUGAUAGGUCUGUGUGUUGAUGAUAAGGGCAAUUUACUAUACCAUCAAGGUACUGGAUUAGUUGAUCGUAAUGAUCAAUACAGUAAAUGGCCAAAAACCAAAGAAACAGUAGUAUUAUAAUGGGUUGCUAUAAAAAUGACAAGUUUGUCAGACAACAUUGUUUUUACAUUCAAUGAUAGACAUGCAAGAUCUAAUUGAACCACUAAUAUGAUUUGCUGUACUCUGUAGCUCAUUCUCCAUUGUAAGAUCAUCAACAUGUAAUAUGCGUGCCUCCCCUAACUAAAUUUGUGUUUUACUGUAGUUCUUUGUAAUGGUUAUAUUCAUUGACUCGUUCCAUUUUACCCAAAUACUAUCCAGCGAUGUCUGUAAUCAGCAAUGUCAGUGCUUAAUGCAGAUAAAUAGACGGUUACUAAUUUUGUGAUAUUGAAUGAUAUAUCAAAACAAUUCUUCCCUGUUACUUCUUUAAAUUCACUGCCAAAUCAUAAUGUAGGGUGAGCUGAAGUGGUUUACAGAUAUAACACUCCUUAGUUCUCAAAGAGGGUAUUCUAGCCCCAGUUUGUAUUAGGCACUUAUCUGUGGGGUCCCUCUGAGCAAUACCUCUCCACUGUGACUUCUGUCCGUUUCAUGUUGACCAUGUAGACAGAAUAUGACCAGUGAAAGAGACAGCCAAUCAAAGAGAUAACGUUAAAUACAUUAUUUAAAUGUGUUUGGUAGUGUCAGUUCUCAAGCUGUGGUCCUAAGCUAGCAUUUCAGGUCACUUCCUAAUAACAUUAACGUGUGGUUCUCAAAAGAUACUUUCAAUGGAGGGAACAGUUUAAAAUAAUUUAAUGUGUAUGUCCAAACAUUUCAAUUUAGAAAGCAAAAAUGAUAUAACUACAGAUAUGACUGUGCUGUAUGAACUGUGCUAAACAAUGUGAUUUUUAUACCCUCUCCCUGCCCUUAUGUUGUGCUUUAUAUUGUAAAUAUGACUGUUGAAAGAUGUCCCUUUUGUUGUUGUAUACUGUAUGUUCUACGGCUUCUAAAAUGACCACUAAACAUUUUGUAAAUAAAUGUGUAAUUGCG